GAAUCAGCUUUGGCGUGCCGCCGCCAGGCGACGCAUCACUUUCUUCUUCCCUCUCCUUUCUUCAUUUCCUGCACAACACUCUCAUCACAAUCCCAUCCACCCACCAUAACGACGACGUCCAUUGAAACGACAUCACCGCCACGCUCAUCACCGGAUUGAGCCUCGCCGACCACACCACCGAAACGUGGGCCAAGGCACGGGCGCAAAGUACAACGUCCACCACCAACCACUUCGACCGAGCGGCACCCACAUCCUCAGCACAACAUCGCGAAUAUACCCAUCGACGUCAACACCGACGCGAAAAUUGUCAACCAUGGCUGCCACGAAACAGACUACCACCAAGGUGCUCAAGCCGGGAGAAAAGAGUCGGAUCGUCAGACUUAAGAUAUCGCCCAAGGUCCUCUCGAAUUUCCCAUCAGACUCAUCAUCAGAAGCAUCACCAUCGGCAGCACCAACUAUCAAAGGCGAAGCAUCGCCGUCGAUACAACUCCCUGAAAGUGCCGAAAAGUCAUCCGAGUCGAAUGCCACACCCGUGCCAGGGCCUGAUGCCACUGAUGGCAACUCUCUCGCUCCACCAGCCAAGGUCGACGGCCGGAGAAAGCGAGGAGGUGCCGCACCAUCUGGUCGAAAACGCGCACCACCCUCCAUCGACCCGAACGCGCCGAUGAGAGAACGAGGUCGUCCAGGACCCAAGAAGAAAGCAAGACUCGCCGACGGCACAAUCGACCGCAACGCCGCCCAGGACGGCACCGCUCCCACCCGCCCCGCCGGCGCCGUUCCCGCCCACAAACUCGGUCCCAAAGCCAACACAGGCGCCAUCAACGCCGGUCUCCGCGCCCUCGACCGCACCGGCAAACCCUGUCGCAAGUGGGAACGCAAAGGCCUCUCGCUCAAGUCCUUCACCGGUACCACGUGGAGUGUGAUGUCGGCGUGGAAGGCGCCGCCAAGAGAACAGGGGUUUGCGGGGGAUGUGAAGAGUGAUAGUGGAGGAUCGAGCGAGGUCAAGCCUGUGGGUGAGAGUAGUAAUGUGGGGAGUGAGAGGGAGAGAAGUCUGGCGGAUGGGGAUACGACGAUGGUGAAUGGAAUGGAGAGCUCGCCGGCGCCGAUUGUGGCUGCUUAG